AUGGACAGACUGCGACGUUCGCGAAGCAUCGUGUCAGCCUAUCUGCCGUCGCUGUUUCAACCCUUGACGGAGAGCGCGACCGACCCGGCGCUGAUUCAGGGCAUGAUCGUGUUCGGCUUCGGGCGCUUCCAGAGGCUGGCGCUGCUGUGCGCGCAGAUCACCACGUUCGUGGCCUACUCGCAGAGCUUUGCCGUGGUCACGGACCUGGAGCCCGUGGACCACUGGUGCCGACAGGGCGGCGAGUACGCCAAUGUGAGCGCCCAAGCGUGGAAGGAGCUGUACCUGCCCCGCGGACCGGGUGGCCGAGGCUACGACAGCUGCCACCACUACGAGGCGCCGCCACCUGCUGUCGCGGAUGACCGUGGCACUGACAACAUUACGCGUGUGGUGGUCGCCUGCGACGCCUGGGAAUACGACACGCGCCACACGGGAACCACCGUGCUGGUAUUCUGGGACAUCGUGUGCGACCGCAGCUGGUACCGGCACGUCAUCAAGGCGACGUUCAUGUGCGGCGCCGCGUUGUCUGUCCCGUGCGCGGGCCUGGCGUCCAACCGCUGGGGCCGCCGGCCGAUCAUGUGGGUCGCGGUGUGUGUUCUCCUUGGCUCAGGCGCCGCCACCAGCCUGGCGCCCUCGCUGGUUGCGUUUAUAGUGCUGCGAUUCGUCUCUUCUGCGGCCGUCAGCGUGCUAGAGGUGGUGUCCUUUGUCCUGCUCUUCGAGUCGACUCCCGUGGGUCCGCGGGAUCCCUUCUGCGCUCUGGCCGUCUGCUGGCCCACAGUCCUGGCGCCCGUGUACGUCGCGACGGUCGCGUACGUGGCCUCCAACUGGCGCGUGUGGCACGCGUGCCUUGUGGUUCCCGCGCUGUUCCUCUUCUUGACGGUGUCCGUGACCGAGGAGUCGCCGCACUGGCUCAUCGUCAACCACCGCUUCCACGAGGCCCGCAGAGUGGCCCUGUGGGCCGCACUACUUAACGACGAAGACCCCGACGUCGUGAUCGAGCGACUCGAGAAGGUCAAGGAUAUGCUGGCGUGUACCGCGGCAACGGGAACCCCAGCGGUGGACGCCGAGGCCAACCCUGUGCGGGAACCGGAAGAGCGCCGUCAUACGGGCCACUGCAAAAGGACGCAGCUGCGUUACUUCCGGUCACGCGUCAUGCUGGCUCAGUGCUUCGUCGUGUUCGGCUGCUGGUUCACGGUGUACGGGAACUACUACUACCGGGACAUGGAGGGGCCGCACGCGAGCUUCGUCAAGUGGGUCGUGAUCGCGUGCAACGUGCCGGCCAUGACGAUCGCCUACUUCAUCAUCAAGCACCACGGCCGCCUGACGCCCCUGGUCGUCUUCCUGUUGGCCGUGUCGCUCCUGCUGCUCUACAGCGCGGUGUCCCAGUCCGUGGGCCUCAACUUUCCGUACCAGCUGGUCGUCAUGUGGCGCUCGCUGCUUCUCAACAUCGCCUACGUCUUGCUUUGUGUGCACACCGUGGCGCUGUUUCCGACGCAGGUUCGCAGCGUGGCCUUCGCCGGAGCGUACACUUUCGGCAGGCUGGGCGCCAUGGUGGCCGACGCGUUUGGUGUUGUCGAGACUAGUCUGCAUUACGAUCUGGGCGCGCUGUACAUGGUCGUCGCGGCCGUGCACCUGCUCGUCUUCUCCCUGCUCCUGCUGACGCUGUCCGAGAAAAGGCUGCUCGAAAUCGUGAACCGCGUCGACGCCAUCGACGCAGCCGGUGCGGCGCAGCCGGUGAAGAAGAACGCUGUCACGCCUGACCCCGUGUGUUCGAAGCAAUGAUGCCCCUGACGACCUUUAACACUCCAGACGAGACGUGGGCAAACGUGCAUUGAAUCAGUGGACGACUAAACGCUUCAUUUUACGGCU